GUUAGUUUCACGAAAUGUGCGGCAGAUUCGCACUGCAUCUCUCCCGCGACGAAAUUCAAGCCCAGACUGCCGCUGCCGAAUGGAUUGAUCAAGACAAUUUCGUUCCGCGAUACAACAUCGCGCCUCGAACGCAGGCACCCGUUCUGCGCAGGUCCCAAGGCUCUAAUGCGCCAUCUGCCUCAGACUCACAGCCAAGUACGAGCAAACUGAGCUCCCAAGACACGCUUGUCUUGCAGACAAUGAAGUGGGGCCUGAUUCCCCACUGGUCCAAAUUUGAAGAUACCAAGUUGAAUACGACCAAUGCGCGUGCGGAGAACCUCGUCGAUGGCGGCGGUAUGUGGCAGAGCUUAAAGGGAAGGAAGAGAUGUGCAGUUAUUUGUGAAGGUUACUACGAAUGGCUUACGAAAGGAAAGAAUAAGCUGCCGCACUUUACGCGCCACAAGGGCGGAAAACGGCUGAUGCUCAUGGCUGGGCUCUAUGACUCCGUCGUCCUAGAAGGUUCAGAUACUCCUCUGUGGACAUUCACAAUUGUAACGACCGCUGCUGCCCCUGAAUUUGAGUGGCUGCACUCCCGUCAGCCUGUGAUAUUGUCAACCAUGGAGGCAUUGGACCGGUGGCUCGAUACGUCGUCUCGACAGUGGGACGACGAAGUCGCAGGCCUUCUAGGUCCAUAUGAACAGAAAUCUUCCCCUUUGGAAUGUUAUCAAGUACCAAAGGAGGUUGGCAAGGUCGGCACAGAAUCGUCGACGUUCAUAGAACCGAUUGACAAGAGAAAAGACGGUAUUGAGGCCAUGUUCGCUAAGCAGGGAGCGAAAAGGAAAGAUCCUCCCGAGUCGUCAAGCAGGAAGACAAAAAUGGUUCAGCCCGUCUCGAAGGCGGAGAAGCCCUCCAAAAAAGCAAGUUCGCAGCUUCGGCUAUCAAGGGCACAUGUGAAAAAGGAUGAGAGCGACGACGAAAUUGUAAUUACAGAUGGACCGUCCGGUCCUUCUCCGCAGAAGAAGAUGAAGAAAUAGUGUAUAGUAGAAUUUUGGGUAAUUUCAUGUGUCAAGAUCUCGGGUUG